AAGAGAAAGGUGAGAGUUUCUUGGUAUAUGAGUACAUGAAGAAUGGGUCCUUGUAUGAUAAUUUGCAUGACAAGUACAACCGUGUGUUGAGUUCGUGGAAAAUGAGGAUCAAAAUUGCUUUGGAUGUUUGCCGGGGAAUACAAUAUCUUCUUAAUAAUACAGUUGCACAUGUUGACAAAGUAAUAAAGUCUUGCAACAUUCUUUUUGAUGGCACUUGGACGGCGAGAGUAUCUGAUUUUAGAUUGACGUUUGUGAAGAACAAAAUGAGAGGAGUGGAUUGCAUUCAUCCCAAGAGGAAAUAUGCAAAUGAGUUGACGCAAGAGAGGGAUGUAUAUGCGCUUGGAGUUGUAAUGCUAGAACUUUUAACGGGAAGGAGACCUAAUUACAGGUAUUGGGAUGAUAGAGACACCUUAUUAGAUAUGAUGGGCGUUGGAGAGUCUGUUGAUUGGGGAUUUUUUUUAUGUGAAGAUUUGAUGAAAAUUUUGGAUUUAAAGGUUAGACCACCAUCGAAUCUGAAUGAAACAAGGGCACUACAUUUAGUGGCCCGUACCGCUUUGGAGCUUAUUAAAGCCAUAGAUAGACCAACCAUGUCUCACGCUGAGCUCAAAUUGGAGCAGGCUUUGGCCUUUUGUGAAUGGUGAUCCUUCGGUACAUUCUAUACAUU